CCACUUUCCCCACACAUCCCUCUCUCUCGCUGAUCAAAAGGUUUGUGCUGCUGCCUGCAUGUGAACUUUUCUCUCCCUUCUUAAUAUUCUGGAGCUCAUUUCUCCCUGCAAGAUAAAAAUGGCAGUUCUUGUACUUCUACUAGUGGGAUCUCUCUCUUUGCUCUCAUCUGUUAAUGGGUAUGCUGGAGGUUGGGCUGAUGCACAUGCCACUUUCUAUGGAGGGGGUGAUGCCUCGGGUACAAUGGGCGGGGCUUGUGGAUAUGGAAACCUAUACAGCCAGGGAUAUGGGACAAACACAGCAGCUUUGAGCACAGCACUGUUCAAUAAUGGAUUGAGCUGUGGGGCUUGUUUUCAGGUUAAGUGUGUGAAUGAUCCAAGGUGGUGCCUGCCCGGCUCCAUUGUGGUCACUGCCACCAACUUCUGCCCACCAAACAGUGCCCUCCCCAACAGUGCAGGCGGGUGGUGCAACCCUCCCCAGCACCAUUUUGAUCUCUCUCAGCCUGUCUUCCAACAGAUUGCUCAGUACAGAGCAGGGAUCGUUCCUGUAGCUUACAGACGAGUCCCAUGCCGGAAGAGAGGGGGCAUCAGAUUCACCAUCAACGGCCAUUCUUACUUCAACCUAGUCCUAAUCACCAACGUUGGAGGUGCUGGAGAUGUGCAUGCUGUUUCAAUCAAAGGGUCAAGAACAGGUUGGCAGCCAAUGUCUAGAAACUGGGGUCAGAACUGGCAAAGCAAUUCCUACCUAAAUGGACAAAGCCUCUCCUUCAAGGUCAUCACAAGUGAUGGGCGCAGUUUGGUUUCAAACAAUGUUGCCCCUGCUGGCUGGUCCUUCGGCCAGACCUUUAGUGGCCCACAAUUCCCAUGAUGAACUUCAAAAUUUAAGCCAAUUUUAAAGAGGAUGGGAAAAGUAUAGUGUACUUUGGUGCAUUUUAGCUUAUGAUAGGACACGGCCCUUUGCAUCAUUUACAUUGAAGUAUGGGAAACUCUGCUCUCUUUUGGAAUGGAAGGCAGCAAAUAGGCAGUGGUUGGCAUUUACCACCCGCCACUUUCUAGUUAGUUGUAUGGUUGGUGAAGCGUAGUUGGCGUUUUAAUGUGUGAAGCUGCUGAAAUAAUCGUCUUUUCCUGGAGGGUGUUCUUUGGGAACUGAGAUUUUGUAAGACUAUGUUCAAUUAAAUCCGUGCCACUUUUUUAUUGCA